AUGCGAGGUGGUGAGACACUGAUGAACUUCGGUUCGACGAAGUGCUUGUGGCGCAUCCCCCAGACCCCGUAUGGUCCUCGUAGCCUGAUGUGCGUUGGCAGUUCUCUGGCACCUGGUUGCCUGCCGGUGAGUAUACAGGCCAUGUGCAUGGUUGCCAAGUGACUCUGUGUCAUUCUCGGCUCUUUCCAACCCACUUUUAUUGUUGGUUUAAACCCUGGACAAGUGCUUGUUGUGGUGUGGCGGUAAGCCUAGGUGCGCGUUUGGCCGUGUGAGGCACCUGCGCCAUACCUAGCCUUAGGUCUUCUUGCUUAUGGUUUGAUACGGGGAUCUGGCGGGGGAGAUGAGGGUGCGGUAGAUGCUGUGCAAGUCCACUAUCGCUAUAAACUAAUUGGCGCACAAGUCGCCGUCCCUGCUCACAUCUUCCUGUGGAGCUCACGGUGGACAUUGUCAGCAACGACGGUCAAUCUGUUAGACCCCGUCUGUGGAUGAUCUGCGCCAUGUAGGAGCGCAUGUUUUUGCCUCUCAUUCCAACUGGUGGCGAAGGUUGCGACUGAAUGAACGAAGGCAUAAUAAGUCAGAAACAGUACCAUAUCAAUUUACCCGUGCUCCCUGUCGCCUCGCCCCCUGAAAAUUCCAGCUCUGUCCCUCACUUUUAUGGAAGGCUCUUCUGCUUGCUGGAGGCAGGUUUCAAACUGCCUUAUCAGCAUAAUACCAAUUUGUAGAAAUUCUGAUGUGUUGAGGCCGCUCUGCUCUUUCACCUUCAUUCCUCACAACAAGCGAAGGGGUGCUGAUGGCAUAGGCGAACCAACAGAGCGAUUUAACUAAGCGCCUGUCAAACCUGGUUUGAGGUAAACAAUGCGCAAAAAGGAUCUUUAUUCCUGACAUAGGGAAUGACUUUGUCAGAAUGAUGGUUAGAGAGUGUGUAUUAAACUUUCUCCAAACCAGAUGCUUGCAGAGCGACAGUUUGACCGUCGGAAGCAACGACACGCAGUGCCCGCAACACCGAUUACUUGCCAGAUUAUGGUCCGGCGAACUUGCACAGCACCUACUUAACUCUCCUCCCUCAGAAAUUUGCUCCGCUGUCGAGAGAAUGUCAAAACGACUAGGCAUGGGUGCAGAAACAGUGGCUGAUAAAGGCGCACAGUCCGGCUACGCGUGCAUCAAACACAUAGCCUGUUUCCAGCAGCAUGUACUAGGGUUCGAUAAGAGGCGCCUCACAUCUCACACUCGUGAGAUUGCAAAUGAGCAAACAUUAAGACGCAUCUAUUGCAUCCUGACCAGAAGAGAGCUAUCUCUUCAGUUAACAGCCUUCCAGGCCACGGGUUCCACUGAUGCACCGGAGGAUCACAGUUCGGCCGUGGCUUUCGACUAUGUCCACAUGGUGUCCCAUAUCAUGGUGGGUGGGCGCAGGGACGGUGACUUGAGCAUGAAUUAGUUAAUGGUGGUAUCAAACUUGCGCUGAAGCUACGGCACUCCCUCCUCCUCCUCUCUCACCCGGGCAUGGUGUCGUCAGAGAGUCAAGAAAUUGUUGGGGCGGCAAGAACCAGCGCAUAGGGCGUGACCACAGACCCCUAAACUGUGCGAUGAGAGUCGCGUGACAUUCUGCUUCCCUCCACUGUGGAGGUAAAAUAACCAGCCGAGCGGCUCGGAUGAAAUAGGAUGUGUUAUAAACGAAAAUCAAGUGACUCUGAAAUGGAGAUUUUCAUGUCAUUUUUUUGUCGUCAGACCGUCGGGCAGACUGGCGACUCUAAGGUGUCACCCUUGGUCCUCGAGAAUUAAGCCGGACACGGUAUACUUACCUGCAAACCUGAGUCACAUCGUUUGCAAGCAGAAGCAUUUGCAAAAAUGGUCGUUCGCCGAGCUAUGCUGAUUGCGUAAUGAAAAUGGGAAUUCCGAUGCUGCGUCGAGGCUCUCCUCUAGAGCACACGCUGGGGCUCCCACAGCGAUGAUCGAUGAAUACUAAACAAAAUUUUUCCACAAAAGCUUGGUGAAAGGAACGACAAAGUCCUGCUAGUACGAUAGUCCAGUGAACCCCAUCUCAGUAUGAACCGAAACAUGACCUGCGUGAUGCAUUUCCACCCUGAUACCGUCGCAUCUGAAUUGGAGACGGGGAAAUGAGGGUCUAGUUUUCAAACACCCCCCCCCCCCUCAUGUAAAGGAGGAGGAGAAGGAGGAGGAGGAGGAGGAGGAGGAGGAGGAGGAGGAGGAGGAGGAGGAGGCGACUCAGCUCCAUUAA